AUGAAGAGCCGUCAACUGCCGUCAGACGAAUCCUCCGUGCGCCUGAAGGCACGGGGUCGCGUCAGUGAACAAACCUACUCGCACGGUGGAAUACCGAGCACAACACGUCAUCCCGACUAUGCGCCCAUCGAUCAAAGCCAGAUUGCUUGGUUCACGGACAUUGCUUUGACGCAGCGAAUCGCGUGUAAGAAUGGCGAUGUCAACAAUAACAGCUUUCACUUGUCUAUAGCUUUUUUGCACAUUCCUCUUCCCGAGUUCGGCGACCCUAAUCUUAUCAUACGCAACGGCCACAGAGGAGAACCUUCCGAAAAUCCGAGCCGCAAUACUCAUUUCUACGACGCUUUGGCUGCAGGAGGUGUACAAGCAUUAGGCUGUGGGCAUGAUCACGUUAACGACUUUUGCGGUCUGUUACCACUAGCCGGUACGAAUGCUCACCGGCUUUGGCUGUGCUAUGCAGGUGGCGCUGGAUUCGGAGGAUAUUGUUCGUAUGGCAGAACGCGAUUCCAUCGACGGAUGCGGGUCUGGGAACUUAAUACGAAUACCGGGAGCCUAACCACUUGGAAGCGAGUCGAAUAUUGCAAAGAUAGAGUUGAUGAGUUGCUGCUUGUGGAAGGUGGAGCAGUAGUUGAUAAUUUUGGGGAAGACGACGGUGGAAAGGCUGCUAAAUGA